CGGAGAGAAAAGAUGUCAACCAUCAAUACAUCGGCUUCCACCACAAAGAAACGGGAUGUGUAGAAUCAGCGACUGAAUGAUGCUGCCCCGUUUAGACGAAACAUCUAGUAGGAUUUGCUUAGACAAAACAAAGUCAUCAUGAAGGACCACGCCGUAGUCGUCACCCCAAAUAGAGAGACUCUACGGCACCAAGUAAACGUUGCCGCGUUUGCCGCCUCUCAGGCAUCGAAAACACCUCUGUCCAGUCGCCCUUUGACUCCGGGUAGAUCGAGGCGAGGGGGAGGAGGUGUCUUUCGGUCGAAGAGCCCCGGCAAGAGGCAUGCAGCAGGCUACCGUGAUCUCGCGCAAGAAGUCUAUGAUCGAAUGGGAGUCAACUACGUUCGAGGUCAAAAUUCCAUCGAUUUGUAUGACAGUACAUCUUCCAUCUCGAUCUCCUCGACGAAAAGGCACUUCCAAUCGCCCGAUCGAGGAAGCCCUGUUUCGUCUAUCACAUCGAGGACCUCGGGCCUAUCUGGUGUGUCCAGGGCUUCGGUGACAAGUGAACAUCCCAAAGAGCGUGCAAUCGGGGGACCGGGCGUCGCAUCGCAGCGCAAUGCUUACUCGUCUGUCAGAAACCGCUAUUCCCCUUCUGCUGAUACCCGUUCCGAUCAGGAUGAGAGGAAUUGGAACAGGAAUCCAGGGAGCGAGGAUGAAGAACGGGAAUCUUUUCGUAGUGCAAGAUCUGUCAAAUCGAUGGUGAGUGUUUUUAGUGGGGGCAAGAGUACGGGGAGUUAUGGUAGAAGUGUGGCGAGCAAUAAGAGUAGCUACUCCGCUUUUAAAGCACCACCAAAUUUUGUCAAUGCUGCUUUUAACCAAGGACAGAAACGAAUCUCAGAUAAUGAUAACGACGUUAACACCAGUCUUUCGUUCGGAUCUCUGGACGAAGGUCGGUGGGUCAACAAGCAGCAAAAUCAAUACCCCCAAGAACAACCGCAACGGCAGGUAUACCGGAGUCGGUCGUUCUCUUCCAGUCGGAGAUCGUCCUUCCAAAAUUCAAAAGCUUUUUCCUCGUCGAGUAUGAGCUCGAGCCAUCCCAAUAACACGUCGUGCGACAAAAUGAUUGAGAAACUUGUCAAAGAAAAGGUCGAGGAAAAGCUUACCGAAUUGGAUGCAAGCUUCGAGGACAGGCUUCGUCGAAUCGAUACAGAUAUCAAUUCACGGCUGAACGACAUCGAAACAAAAUUGAACAUGAUCUUGAAGGUAGAAUCAUCACCGGCGCUAAGAAAAUGGGAAAAGUCUUCCAACAGGACCCCGAAAAACAAGCGCAGUUUCUCUUACGAAAGGUUGCGUCUGUAAUCGUUUUGCGUUGGGAGCCAGACAAUUUUUGUGUGAUUGGCAAUGGCGGGAUAGUGUUGGUUUCACAGCCGUGCGUGAAAAACUUUUGAACCUCACACACCAACGUGAGUGAUUCUAUAAUUCAUAUAGAGGAGAAGAGAGAGUGAGAGAGAGCCUCGGUCCGACUUGCUCGACGGGAAGUCCACUAAAGAGUUGAACCGAAAAAAAUUGUUGGAUAUGCUUCUUGCAAGUUUAGAGAAAUUGUGAGUUAUGCCCAGAAAAAACAUCGGGAAAUGGAUCGAAAAUCAGAGGGGACAAAGCACCAGCAAAGGGAUACAACGAUUAUCGUCAUCAUUGGACUUUCCAUUAUCUUGUAUGGAAAGCUGCCAAAUGCAUACUGUUCACAACGUAAGCAGCACUAGGAAUUGUAAUAACUAAAAUUGAACUUU